AUGUCGCCGGCUCUGUUCAACGGAUCAACCAACAACCAUUCUAACGGGAUCAAUGUAUUUGCCAAGCAGACACCCGAUGGCUUUGGGACGCGAGCGAUCCAUGUUGGCUCGGAGGCGGAUCCUCAGACUGGGGCCGUCAUCCCCUCCAUCUCGUUGAGUACAACAUACAAGCAGGACGGGGUCGGGCACCAUAAGGGCUUUGAGUAUUCACGCUCAGGCAACCCGAAUCGGAACGCCCUUGAGACUACACUUGCGUCCUUGGAGUCUGGCGGCGCCCAUGCACUCGCGUUUUCCUCGGGUUCGGCCACGACUGCAACGAUAUUGCAGUCUUUGGGUCCCAAUGCACACGUCGUCAGCGUGAAUGAUGUUUAUGGGGGAACAUUCCGCUACAUGGCGCGCGUAGCGAGCGAGAACCAGGGCCUUGAAACCACAUUCGUCGAUUUGGAGAAUGCAGAUGAUGAGACUAUCCUCGCGACAUUCCGUCCGAACACCAAGCUAGUCUGGAUAGAGUCCCCAACCAACCCCACGCUCCGCCUCAUCGACAUCCCGCGUAUCGUCUCCCUCGCACGCUCUGUCCCGUCCUCGCCCCUCGUGCUUGUCGACAACACCUUCCUCUCGCCUUACUACUCCUCGCCCCUCCUGCAAGGCGCCGACGUCGUCCUGCACAGCCUGACCAAGUACGUCAACGGGCACUCGGAUGUCGUCAUGGGCGCCCUGAUCCUGCCCGCACACCACGCCGCGCUUACAGAAAAGCUGCGCUUCCUGCAAAACGCGAUCGGGGCCGUGCCGAGCGCGUACGACUGCUGGCUCGCGCAGCGCGGCGCCAAGACGCUCCACCUGCGCAUGAAGGCGCACGGCACGAACGCACUGGCGGUAGCGCGCGCGCUGCAGCGCUCGCCGCUCGUCGAGGAGGUGAUCUACCCCGGGCUCGCGAGCCACCCGCGCCACGAGCUCGCGUACCGCUCGUUGUCACCGCACGCGCGCAAAUUUGUCGACGCGUAUGUCGUGCAAGAAGGCGACGGCGCCGGCGGGUUCCCGUAUGGCGGGAUGAUCUCGUUCCGGAUACGCGGCGGCGCGGAGGAGGCCGACCGGUUCUUGAGGACGACGCGCCUGUUCACGCUGGCGGAGUCGCUGGGCGGCGUAGAGAGCCUUGCGGAGCUUCCUGCGCAGAUGACGCACGGGAGCAUCCCUCCUGCUGAGAGGGCUCUGUUGGGCAUUGGCGACAACCUCAUACGUCUAUCCGUCGGGGUUGAAGAGGCGGAGGACCUGGUCGCAGACAUUGAACAGGCGUUGCAAGCGGCUGCUACUUCCCAAGUCGCGUAA